GGAUUGUAUCCAGAAGUGAGGAAAGCAGGAUACCUAUGCCAAUUCUUUGAGCCAGUCUGCAACCAUAUUAUUUGGUCUAUGGAUUACUUGGGAUUAAUGUGCUUUACGCAGAAUCACGCAGAGUCGUUGGCGCACUGGGAUGCGAGGCGUUGCUUCUGGCCGAGAAUGCCGGUGAAGGUAGACGUGGUGCCUCCACCGCCGGCGAACUCCAAACAACCAGGAGUCACAAAAUCUCUUCUUUAUAACGGUUCGCGAUUUCAGGGAUCUCAAAAAUCCAAAGGCAACAGUUACGACGUGGAAGUCGUUUUACAGCACGUGGACGAAGAAAACAGUUACUUAUGUGGCUAUUUGAAGAUUAAGGGUCUUACUGAGGAAUUUCCCACGCUAACAACAUUUUUUGAUGGAGAAAUAAUUUCGAAGAAGUAUCCCUUCCUUACACGAAAAUGGGAUGCUGAUGAGGAUGUUGAUAAAAAACAUUGGAGCAAAUUUGAAUCAUUUUGUCAGUACGCAAAGACAUUCAACUCUGAUACCUUUGAUUAUGAGGCAUUAAAGGGUACAGACUUUGUGUUUAUGAGGUGGAAGGAGCACUUUUUGGUUCCUGAUCACACAAUAAAAGAUAUAAACGGUGCAUCCUUUGCUGGUUUCUACUAUAUCUGCUUUCAAAAAUCGGCGGCAUCAAUCGAGGGCUACUACUAUCAUCGCAGUUCUGAAUGGUAUCAGUCCCUAAAUCUGCGGCAUGUUCCGGAACACAGUAUACAAAUUUACGAAUUCAGGUGAAAGUGAAUGGGUCCUGCCUCGAUUGUUUCUACUCUAAUACUGUCCCCCUUCGAUGUUUCCAAUUUCCUUAUCCUUUUUAGCACACGGAUCUCAUAUUAGCAUGUGACGCGCGCUAACGUGAAAAUGUGUUUUCGAGAGUAAUUUUCUGAACUUUUUGCGUAAACUUUUAUCUCAUGAUUAAGAGGUAAUUGCUGAAUCGAUGUAAUACGUAUGAAAGCGAGAGAUAAACACACGGAGUGAUACGUAUAUAAUACAUACGUGUGUAUGUAUGUAGUUAGAGAGAGGGGAGAGCAACGGGGGGGGGGGUUAGUAGAGGGUUCAGGAUACGCGGUGGCAUAAUUUUGAUUGAUUUUUUUGAGCUUUGGGCAAAUUACGAGAUGCAAGAUGAGGGUCUUUCCUUUAUUCGUAUUAACGGUGAGGACUGUGACGUAGGAUACGUAGAAAACGAAAAGAACAUGAGGGAUUCGUGAUCGGUAUGUCGAUGAGGAACGGAGUGCCUCGACGAGUGAUACGCUUGCUUAUUAAUAACGAUUAAUUAUGUAUACGGAUAUUCAUUGUAAGGUCUUUUAAUUGAAAUAAAUUGAUAUCUUUUGUCAAUUAAA